AAAAUGGAGGAAGGAAUUGAUAUCAAAAUAUCAGUACUGAGUUCACACUCCGAAUCACAAAUCAAAUCCCCUUCUUAAACCUCUCUCAACUUGAUCCACUUGUUCCCCAAGGAACCUUAUUCCUUCUCCAUUGUUCUUCCGGCAAAUUUUCUUUCAAAUUCCGAGGGAUUUUUCAGAGAUUGAAGGGGCUGUGAUUCUCCUCAAACCAGGUAGGAGGGGAAGUUGUUCUUUCUUUUUUUUCUUGUUUUCUGGGCUUUUUCGACGGGGAUUCAGUGAUGAUGAAUAGGUUUUAGAGGAUUCGGGAGAAAGUGAGAUUUUCUUCGGUGAAAAGAGUAUGAAGAUUCAGUGCAAUGUCUGCGAGAUGGCUGAGGCGACCGUUCUGUGUUGUGCUGAUGAGGCGGCGCUGUGCUGGGCUUGCGAUGAGAAGAUUCAUGCGGCCAACAAGCUUGCAAGCAAGCACCAGAGAGUUCCUCUCUCUGAUUCUUCAUCUCAGAUGCCCAAAUGCGACAUCUGCCAGGAAGCUAGUGGCUAUAUCUUUUGUUUAGAGGAUCGAGCAUUACUUUGCAGAAAGUGUGAUGUUGCUAUACACACAGCAAAUACUUAUGUAACUGGUCAUCAGCGCUUUCUGCUUACUGGGGUGAAAGUGGCGCUUGAGCCAACUGAUCCUGUUCCUUGUUCUUCCAUGCCUAAGUCACAUUCUCAAGUGAAACCUACUGAGACAAAAGUUAGACCUCUGUCUGAAAGGGAAUUCUCGUUGCCUUCUCCUGGUGAACUCAGCAGAUGCCUGUCUGUACAAGGUGGAUCUGAGGACUUUAUGGCAAAUGGAACGUUCCAUACCGGAGAUGCUGUUUCUGGUGGCUUUUCACAAUGGCAAAUGGAUGACCUUAUUAAUCUGACUGGAUUCAAUCAGAACUAUGGGUUUUUGGAUAACGGAUCAUCCAAGGCUGAUAGCGGCAAGCUCGGGGAUUCUGAUUCAUCUCCAGUUUUAAGGGCUGCUGACAUUGAGCUAGACGACAACGAUGAAUGCUCGGGUCAGGUUCCAGAGGCUUCCUGGACUGUGCCUCAGAUUCCCUCCCCUCCUACAGCAUCUGGCUUAUACUGGCCAAGAAGUUACCAUAAUUCUAUGGAUGGUGCUGUUUUUGUUCCUGACAUUUCCUGUUCUUCCGAAAAGGUUCAACAUUGCUCACAUAAUGGUAGAUUCUUGAAACGACGGAGGCAGUUCUAGAUGUCCGAGCUCGAUCAUAGGGACUUCAAUGCAAGUGUUCUGAACCUCGCUAGGUUUGUUGUGUGUUUAUAGCUUUCAUUUACAGUCGAAUUAUAAUAAGUGGACACGAUCAAAGAUUAUCGCUUGAAACGUAUACCUUGUAACGUAACCACUAUAGUUUAGGAUUUGUUACAUUGAUGUAGAAAUAAAACCUGCGCCAUUAGUUGACCUUGUAGGUAUUUUUUUUCAGAUUUAUUUCAAACAUCUUGUGGAAAUGAUCGUUUCAUAUCACCUUGACCUACUUGAUUGAUUAUUUGUAGUUUUACAAAAAGAUUAUGAAGAAUCAAUGUCAUGUCUUAGCCAUUUUUAGUUC